AUGGGCUCUGGCCGGGCAGAUAGGUUGGGGCAGGGGCAGGUCGACCUGAGAUGCCUCCAACCUUCCAAAAGGGGCUCCCAGCAGCAGGCGUCCGUGGACAGCUUCAUGGUUGUGCUGUACAACUCUGUGGCGGAGCACCUCCCCGACAAGCUGGUCCGGCCUCUGCCCUUCCGAGAGAACGCCGACGCAGACGACUGCUGGCAGUUUGGCGGUGAACUCCUGGACAGACCAGACGGAGCAGACGAUGACGUGGUGAGUUUCCUGACAUCCGCUACUGGAACCUUUAUGGCGGGCUUGGUUUGCACAUCUGGCUUGCAGGUCCGUAUCAAGACGAAGUGA